GGGGUGGAUCCCAAGGCGCGUCGGCUAAGGCAGGUAAGGCGAGGUCCCGUAAGGGGGUCACAGCGCAGCCACAGACCUCGCAUUAGUUGACUCUGAGACGUCCUAGCGAAGGGACGCCGGCCCGAGAUCGUCCGCUGGCUGCCGAGGGAGGGGGGGCCGAGGCAGAACCUGUUUCAUUUUUUUUUUCUUUUUUUUAAAGGGCCGAAAGAGAAAGUGAUCUUGGCGAAAGCGUGCAGGGAGGAAAAAUGAUGUGUUGUUUUGUUUUGGCGAUAAUGACGUUAGAUUGUUUUUAUUGUCUUGUUUUGAUAAUUAACAAAGGGAAAACUAAAUUAAGAGUGUUAAGUGGUGGUUUGCUGCCGCGAGUGAAAUGCAUCGUUAGAUUUCAGUGACAAACAACACCAACAGUGAUGCCAGAAUCCAAAGAAACAGUGACUUGAAGGACAGCGAGACACAGAGGUUAACUGAGGUCAGAGAGCACCAAGAGAGGUCAAGGGAAAAAGGGGGAGAGAGAAAAACAAAACAGGAAAAAACAAACCGAAUCCUGCCCCGGAGGAGGGGAAGGGACUAAGAACAAACCCCCCUUUUCACCCAGCGCUGUUUCAAAUGAAAGCAGGGCGACGAUUGCACUGGCUAAGCGGUAUAAUAGGCAGUGCUAUGUUGGUUUACCUGUAUGCCCUGAGACAGUCGCCAACGCCCGUUCCCUUUCUACAGAGUUCACCACAGCCACUAGAUACACAGCAAGGGGCCUCAUUACACAGCGCCCCGUCACGAGUAAACACAGACCCAUUUCUCACGUCACAGGCAACCACGGCGUUACGCCCUUCUGUGCCACAGCCCGAUAAGCUAUUUGCACAGGAACCUCGGAGGGAAACCGGCGGCCACGUUAGUUUAGUUCCAUCUGGCGCGAGUCUUCCAGCUGGUGUGGAUGGAGGUGGAGGAGGUGGAGGAAGAGGUGGAGGAGGAGAAGGAGGAGGAGGAGGAGGAGGAGGUGGUGGUGGGGGUGAAGAAGGAGGUGGAGGUGGAAGAGGUGAAGGAAGAACAGAAAGUGAAAAAAGAGGCGGUGGAGAGAGUGACAAAGAAAGAGGGGAUGGCGAAGAGGAUGAAGGAGGGCAGGAAAUAGGACAAACCAGAAAGGAAACGCGAGAAAUAGAUCGGGACGAUGGGGAAGACAAGCCGAAAAAAGACGAAAACCAACAGGAAGAACGAAGAGAAGAGAGAAAGGAAAACAAAUUAAUCAAUCAAGAAGAAAUAAAAAUAGACCAAAAGAAAGAUAAAGAAAACGAGAAAGAAAAUCAGAAUGAAGGAAAAACCUCAGCAAAGGAAAUCGAGACAAAAAAAGAAAAGAAGGAAAACGAGGCAGAAAAUUUAGCCAAAGAAAACGAGACAAAAACAUCAGUGAAAGAAAACGGGAAAGAAAAUUUAUCUAAAGAAAACGUGGUGAAAGAAAACGUGCCAGACAACUUAGGCAAAGAAAACGAAACAGAGACACAAUUGAAAGAAAACGAAUCAGAGAUAUUAGUGAAAGAAAACGGGACCGAAAUGAAGACGAUAACUGAGUCAUAUGUGGACACGGGAGUCAAUGGGACACGGAGACUCAUGACCCAAGAGGAAUAUCUGAGGGUGAAGAAAAUCCACCAAGACAGAAUCUCGUUGGUGAAAGAGCGAUGCGAGAAGUUUACCCCAACCGCCACCAGGGGACUAACGGCGCUGAUCAACAGAGGGAGCCACUACAAGCUGGGCAACAAGCUGUUCCUUCCCCAGGAUGUUGUCAACUCGAAUUUCCAGAUUGAUGAGAGACACCGCGUGACCUUCUGCUGGCAAUACAAGGUCGGGUCGACAGCCUGGAAUGCCAUGUUCGCCUAUCUGCUCAACCAGACGAGUGUUAUCCAACGGAAGACUUUCUACGACAUGCGCAAGAUCAUGACAGUGAAAACCAUGAGAGAGUUUAAGAAGUCUAUGGAUUUCUACAAGUUCCUCAUCGUUCGGGAGCCUCUGGAAAGACUCUUGUCGGCGUACAGGGACCGCAUCGAAGACAUCUCCCACCGCUCGUGGCAGAGAGACAACUACGUGCCUAAAAUACUUAAGGUUACGAGACCCCAUCUCAAGAGCGCCGACAUCAGAGUCAACGGGAGCCUCGUCGUCAUCCCCACCUUCAGGGAGUUCGUGGAGUACCUGCUGGUGACGCCCAUAGGGAACUACGACCCCCACUGGCGCCCUUACUGGAAGCACUGCGCCCCCUGCGUCGUCUCCUUCCAGGCCAUCGGCAGGGCGGAGACGCAGGCGCAGGAUAUCCGCUUUAUCCUGGAGGACUCCGGGUUGGCGAGGGAGAUCGAUAAUACGGUCCUUGAGAAAAACGCCCACCACGGUCGAGGCAGCACCCACGACCUCCUUGUGUCUUACUCACGACACUCGCAUUCACCGCUGAGAACGCCUCCUACGGGGUUACGAAGCGUACUUCAUCUUCGGGUCGUACGACUCAGCCCUCUCGACGAACCCAUCCUACAGGAACAUCAGUUCCAGCAGGUUCUGCACGCUCUGUCCCAAGGUCUUGUUUUAAACAGAUCGGUGGACGUGGCCGCGGUGUCGUUGCGAGGAACCUGACAGUGAACGAUCAAGGUCUGACAAGGUCUGACAAGGUCUGGCAAGGUCCUUCUCCCAUCUUCUAUCGGCAUAAGCUAAAGCCUGUCAGCAUUUGGUAAGGUCUCGCAAGGUCUGCCAUCGUCUCCAUCACCGCAUAAGGCAUGUCAGAAUUGGCAAGGCUUGGCAGUCUAGCAAGGACUUCGUGUCCCUUUUAACACCUACUAAGGCCGUCAAGAUUGAAAAAGUCCAGCGUCAUACCAUGUGGUAAGGUCGCCAGGUCUACAAAGUUAAGGCAAACUGUUUGUUUACCAUUUGCAAGUCACGUACCAUUACCAAUCUGUGUGUAUUUUCUUAUGGCCUUAAAUCGGCUGUUGUUCCUCAGGGCAGGUACAUAAUUGACCUGGUUUGGAAAGACAAUACCAAAGUCGGAGGAACCACAGGGGUCAAUGGACGUGGAAUUAAAAACGAUCUUGUUGGAUUACAAUGAUUAAAGAUAUUAAAGAUUUUAUAAUUAAAGACUAAAGCGCGUAACAUAUACGACAAAAAGAUAAUGUUUGGUGAAUAUACACAAAAGAUGAACUUUGAGAAUCAAAAUUUGACAAUAUACUAAUGACAAAACCUCC